UCUUGGGCAAGAUGGCGGCGGCCGGGAGCCCCACAGCUCCACUUCCAGCCCCACAAGUUCCGUCUCUGGGGCUCAAAGAAUGCCCUGCCCCACAGCUCUCUGCCCCACCUCCCCCCCUACGUCCCCCCCCACGGCGCAAGAGGCGACGGCAGGAGGAGACUGAAGGCAAUGGUGCCGUGGGGCAGAGGAACUUGUGGGGCAGACACCUGCCCCCCGAGAUCCUGCUCCGUAUCUUCCAGGCAGCUGUAGCGCAGGAUGGAGCCGUUCCCAUCCUCUGCAGGGCCGCCCGUGUCUGUCGCCUGUGGAACCUGGUGGCCUCUGACCCCCACCUUUGGCAAAAGGUCUCACUUGGGGGACACACAUGGGGGGCACCAGCCCCACAGCGGCCCCCCAAAAGCCUGAGUCCCUUCUGUGAGUUGGCAAAGAGCAGGUUGAGGCUGCUGCAGGAGUUUGAGCUGCAAGGGUGGAAGAGCCACGUGGGGCCCCUGCUGCAGGCUCUCUCUGCCGGCUGCCCCCAGCUCCUGUCGCUGUCCCUGUCCCGAUGUGGGGGGGUCCCGGCCCCACCCCCGCCCUGCCCCAACCUGCGGCGGCUGCAGCUGAGGCUGUGCCAGGAGCUGCUCCUGAGCUGCGACCCCCGAUGGGCCCCUCCCAUUCUGCCUGCGCUGGCUGGGGGCCUCUGCCCACAGCUGCAGCUCCUGGAGCUGGACAUGGGGCCGGGGGGGUGCAGUGGCCUGGCCCCACCCCUGCUGCUGCCGGUGGAGGGCCUGCAGGGUGCCUGUCCCCAGCUCAAGGUUCUUCGCCUCCUCAACGUCACCCUGGACCCCCGGCCCUGCCGCCAGCCUCCUGCCGGCGCCGCCUGCCCUGGCGGCGGUGUCGCCUCCGCUGGCUUCCCACAGCUGGUGGAGCUGUCCCUGGCCAGCCCCGAGGGCGGCAGCGGCAUCGGGGACCUUCUGCUGCAGAGGCUUCUCCACAGGUCCCCCGGGCUGCGGCUGCUGGACCUGCGCGGCUGCGCCCGCGUCACCCCCCGCGGGCUGCUGGACCUGCCCUGCCACGAGCUGGAGCGCCUCUACCUGGGCUUGCCCUGCGGCUCCGAGCGCGUCCCGCGGCUGGCCGAGGGCAGCGCCGCCCUGGCCCGGAAGUGGCGACGGAGCCUUCAGGAGCUGGACCUGGCCGGACGCCACUUCGAGCCGGGAGACCUGGCCCAGGCCAUGGCCACCUUCAGCCGCGACGCCCCCUUGAGGUCCCUUGACUUGGCUGGCACCAAGGUCACCGCUGAGGGUCUCAGGUGAGCUUUGGGGGCAGGGUGGAGGUGGAGAGGUGGCACCAUGAGGUGAUGACCGCCGUGA